ACACCACCAUCUGUUUAUGUUCAGAACCUGAGAACCUGAGAGGUGAGACACGGCGCGAGCGUCGCGUCAGUUAAUUUAAAACGUUAAUCGUGUGUUUUUGAAUCGGCGUGCGCGAGACCGGCCGUUAUUCCGCAGCACAUCUGCCCUGUCUGUGUUUUACCCUGAAACAUUACUAAAAGUAUUCGCACCCCUGUCUUUGUUAGCAGGUGGCUUUGUUAGCUAGCACACACACACUGUGUACUGUGUGUUUUUAUUGUUUAUUGUUUUGGUUCUAACCGCUGGAGCUAACGGACCGGUUCCGAGUCUUUUACAACGAACCGAAUCUUCUGGAAAAAACCGUUAGCAGGUGCACAGAUUUGAAGUUUGGCUUUGUUUCCUGACGCAGACCUGUUGAACUGGCCUAGAACAAUGACUGUUAUGAUGAUCACAGCUUUAUAUUAUGGAGCCGAGCAGUGACGCAUUUUACAGAUUGGUCUUUGAUUUGGCUUAUCGCUAUUUGCAUUGCCUUCUGGCUUGCUUGUGUUGGACCAUUGUUCUGUUGAAUCGAAGUGCCUCGGGUGAUUUGCAUAGGCAGAUCAAGCUUUCAGGCCCGGCAUCUGGCCUGGCGAAUGGGCGCUUUUGUCCUGCGUUGACACGACAGUCUGUAUUGCUUUUGUUGACCCCCUCUUAAACUUAACCCCCCCUCAACCUCAGGCCGUCUGGAUGGCACGUCAUCGCCUGCUUUGUGUAAAGCUCAGCUUGAAUUAUUCAUAUUUAACAUCAGCAGACGAGCGCUAAGGUACAAGGACGUAUGCAGAGGAGGAGACGGAGACACAGGGUGGAUGAAGCGUAGGGAUCGCGUAAGGCGGAGGAUUCAUGCAGCAUUGAUGAAGAUGCAACUGGCGAUGAAGCUGAGGUGAAGCUGAGAUUGCCUGUGUGACUGUGUAGUGGUCAUAGCUGGAGAGCCAGAAUCCUCGCUCACACACACAGACACGCUCACACACAUAGACACACAGACACACACACGAACACCGUGCCCAUGUUUUCUCCCGAGCAGGAGAACAUCUCCACCUCCUCCACCAAAGUGCCAAUUAAAUACGGAGAGCUCAUCGUACUCGGGUACAAUGGCUCUCUCCCGAACGGAGACCGUGGAAGACGAAAGAGCCGCUUUUCUCUCUUCAAGCGCCCCAAAGCAAACGGAGUCAAACCCAGCACUGUCCACAUAGCCUGCACACCACAAGCAGCCAAGGCCAUAAGUAACAAGGACCAGCACAGUAUCUCCUACACUCUUUCCCGAGCUCAGACCGUGGUGGUAGAGUACAAUCAUGACAGCAAUACAGACAUGUUCCAGAUCGGUCGGUCCACAGAAAGUCCAAUAGAUUUCGUGGUGACAGACACCAUCCCUGGCAGUCAGAGUAACUCAGACACACAGACCGUACAGAGCACCAUCUCACGCUUCGCCUGCCGCAUCAUGUGCCAGCGAACCCCGCCCUACACGGCCCGCAUCUAUGCCGCCGGCUUCGACUCCUCCAAAAACAUCUUCCUUGGGGAGAAGGCAGCGAAAUGGAGAACAUUAGACGGACAGAUGGACGGCUUGACGACGAAUGGUGUAUUGGUGAUGCAGCCACGUAAUGGCUUCACCGAGGACUCCAAACCCGGCGUAUGGAGGGAGAUCUCAGUGUGUGGUAACGUCUUUACGCUCCGGGAAACACGAUCCUCACAGCAGCGUGGCAAAAUGGUGGAGAGUGAAACGCAGGAGCUGUCGGACGGUGCUCUGAUUGACCUGUGUGGUGCUACGCUGCUGUGGCGCACUGCUGAGGGUCUUCGGCGUGCACCCACUCUCAAACACCUGGAGGCGCUGCGGCAGGAGCUGAACGCAGCACGGCCACAGUGUCCCGUGGGCCUCAACACACUGGCGUUCCCAAGCAUGCGCCGGUGCCAGGGCGCUGUGGCUGAGAAGCAGCCGUGGGCAUACCUGCAGUGCGGCCACGUGCACGGCUACCACGACUGGGGUGAGCGGGGCGGAGCUGGGGGCGGGACUGAGCGUGAGUGCCCGAUGUGCCGCGCCCGUGGGCCCUACGUGCCACUGUGGCUGGGCUGCGAAGCAGGGCUUUAUGUUGACGCAGCUCCGCCCACUCACGCCUUCAGCCCAUGCGGCCACGUGUGCUCGGAGAAGACGGCUGCGUUCUGGAGCCAAAUCCCACUUCCACACGGCACACACACCUUCCAUGCUGCGUGCCCCUUCUGCGCCCAGCAGCUCAGCACCGGCCACAGCCAUGUGCGACUCAUCUUCCAGGGGCCUGUCGACUGACCUUUGACCUUUUCUAGACCUUACUGAAAGGGCCUCAGGGCCUAUCCCGUGCACUCCUCAGUCAUUUUUUUUCUCAAAACUGUCAACUGAUCUUUAGCAAGUCACACACCUUAUUCUUUCUCCGUUUGCUUCUUUGAACUCUUCAACUUUUUAAGACCUUCUGCCACGCAAAACGGAGAGCCGUGUACCCUCUCCUAUCUCGCAUCACUCUCUCUAUUUCUCUGUCCCUCUACAAAACCACAUACUUCUGUACUAAAUACUGUGUCAAAAUAGUACACCUGUGAUGAUUAUCCUAAGCUAUGCUGGUGUACUAUUUGGGCGUGGUGCAGAAUUUAGCAGGGUAGUAUGUGGGUUUUCUUGACUCUUGGACUGUUUUUAUUUCCUCUGCUUUCUAAGUGACCUUUUUGUAGUGAAUUUUUCUUAAUCAAGAAGACAAACAGAGAAAUAUAUAUUUUCAAGUGAAACUAAAAAGUACCUGAACAAGGCAAAAAAAAAAAAAGACAAAAGAAAAUGGGGCUUUCGAAUACAAAUGGAAGUAUGAACUGCUACAGGAAGUGCCCGGGUGAUCUCGGGGAGUGAAAGGGGAGGGUUUGAGGGGCUACAGUAAUAUAUUACAGUGUUUCUUUGCUAAUAUGCUAAUGAAAAAAAAAACAUUUUACUCAGUUUUAGUGAUGCAAUAAUCAUCCUUUACACCAGAGUGUCUGUGCUAUAACACGAACUUAACACUUACGAGUCGAUUCAUCACCAUCACUGCUGCAAAAAAAGGAAACGCAUUUAGAUUUUAGAGAUGUUUUUUUUUUUUCAUGUAAAUCAAAUAUGCCUAACUUAAAAAUACUUACCGUUUUUAUUUAUGCAUAGUAUCGAUGUUAAUCAAAUGUAAAAUUAUUGGUGUGUACUUUUUUGGAGUUCCACUCGUGUAUCUGCCCUGUUUUCUUUUUUUUUUUUGUUGUUGGUUUUUUUUUUUUUUUUUUUUGGUUGUUGUUGCUGUUGUUGUUUCUUGUUUUCAUUGUCCCAUGUGUAGCCUUGGCUGUGUGUACUCAGUGUUUAUGUAGCUAACACACGUGUGUGUAUGUGAGUGAGUGAGUGAGUGAGUGAACACUUCCACCUCAAAGCAAUAGUCUGAGGGCUUCAGACGCAUGCAGCGAUGCAGGAAGUGCACUGGGUAUCGGGGCUUGGAAUAGAAGUGUUAAAUUGUAGGUUAGUGGUCUGACUAGUGAUGACGCUAUUGAGAAGCUGUAGUUUAAGGGACUUGUAGGAAGAUGGCAACGAUUCUUAAUUUAAGGGUAUGUAAAAUGAGAAGGGUAAAUGGAAAUGGUGUUUGGGAAAUCUGCCCCCGUAAGUCAGAAAGCUCUAGAUGUGUGGACACCUUGAGAGAAAAAAAAAAAGAGGGGAAAAAAAAAAAAACACAGCUUUGUCCCUUUAAUCACAGACCAAACCACAUGCCCUAAUGAUCCUUUAAGAAACUCUGCUGUGUUUGUGUUUGUGUGUGUGUGUGCGUCCUGCCUGAUUGCCUGCUAUGUUUGAAUGACUUGCAACAGUAUCUUACAGACUAGACUGUACGUUAUACCACAGUUUUUCUCUUGGCAGCAAAUUGGAGGUUUCAAAAUAUCACUUCCAUCGUGUUCUACUCAAAAGGUAGCUCCCUUGAUAGGCUGCAUUUUUGGGCCACACUGGAAGGCAGCCAUGUUAAAGACACUCUCAUUCAGCAUUCAGUGUCUUCUCAGGUACCUUAUUUUGUUAAAAUUUGCAUUCUCAUAUUUACAUUUACAGCAUUUAAGAGAUGCUCUUAUCCAGAUUGACUUACAGAAGUGCUUUGAGUCUCCAUCAAAAACUUAACCUCAUGCUCAUACAGAUUGACCCGGAUCAUAGAAUACCAUCAAGCUAAAACCCUGUUAGAGAGGAGUUAGUACAGCAAAGAAAAACGCACAAGUCAAGGGAAUUUGUACAUUUAAAAUUUUAAGUUAUUGCUCAUUUAAGCUUGGUGAAGAGUUGGGGGAAGUUGGGGGAAGUUGGGGGAAGUUUGUUACACCACUGAGGUGCCAGUACAGAUAAAUCUGUAACCCUGGCAGAAUCAAAUCCCAUGAUUCAUGUUGACUUGGACGGUACUUCGAUAACCACCUAUUUGUAUCGAGGCUAAUGUUUUUUUUUUGUUUGUUUGUUUGUUUGGUUUUUUUUAACUGUAUUGGAAAAUGAUCAGAAAUUGUUCCUAUAGUUAAAUUUAGCAAACUAACAUAACAUAUGACCUCCAGUGUCCAUUACACGCUCGCUAGCGGGCUGUUCGUCUGGCAGAACUUCUUUUUAGUUAGCAUGCUGCUUCUCGUGAUAGGAAAAUAUAAUAUUGGCACAUACCUAGCAAAGACUGGACCCAUUAUUUUGGAGUAGACAUAAAAAUAGAAACAUAUUUCCUCUUCAGAAGACCUUCAUAUAAAUCAAGGGAUCUUUGACUAUUUAUACGGGAGUGUUCUGAUCCUGACAGUAAAGGCACUGUGUGUCAUAAAGGAUUCAGCAUAGGAAAAUAAUUGUUUUAAGUGGAUUUCCAUGAGAACUCUCUCCUUAUGGCUUAUGAUCUAACUUUUUUAUUUUUAUUUAUUUAUUUUUUUUAAUUCAAAUCAGUUUCAAUUCAGACUGAAGCUGCUUUUGCCUGAAUCUGUCGCCAUGCACUAUAAAGCAGGAAAAAAAAAAUAGAAAUCAUUAAUAUUAUUAAUAUCAUUUCACUUCCCCAGCUGGCACUGAGUGGAAAAAAAAAACCUUGAGCCUGUUCCAUCAGAAAUGUUCAUUAAUUGUGAUUGUUACUAUGCAGAUCAUAGAUAUAGGAAAUCUAGAUGCUGCAUUAGCUGCUGCACUACAGAGUCUGACCUACUUUUCAUACGUCAGCGCCUGCCACUUAAGUAGAAUUAAUGCAAAAUAGAACAGACUUGCUUUCUGUUUUACAGAAUUUGCCUUACAGAUGUUGUACGAUUCUGCAUACCAGAAAUCCUUCCUCAGCUGUGCACGAAAACUGCUUCUGAAGCUCUAGGAGGUGAAACUAGUGCACCAGCACUUUGCUUGCACAGAUGGUGAAGGAAGUCUGGCUGCUGAUUUAGUGGUUGUUCAAAUAUUCACCUUUUUUCCAUUAGUCAGUUAAUGCAUUUGACUAGCUCAUCAUAGUUACUUUAGCUAUCACCAGGCAACUGAAACAGGAUUUUUCCUGGAUUUUCUCACUCACCCACUGGGCUCGAUAUUGACGUCUUUAUUUGUCCACUCCACUGCUUCUUUAAAAGAUGAUGAUACUUGUAUAAUCUAGUACAUCUUUCUGAUCUCUCAUAGCAGCUGCAGAACCCUCAGUGACUAUUUCAUGUCAUUUAAUAGGUAGAAUUGGCUAUGAGCUGAGAGGAGUGUACUGCUCCUGUCCUGGCCUGAGCCUUUCCUCACUGAAUUUGGGCUUUUUGUUCUUCAAGAAAUUUUUAAUCUGUUCCAACUGUGUGAGAGUUCUAGGCCACACACAGCCAAGAUGUACGACUCUGAGCAUCUUGUCCAGGUUUGCGUGUGAGUGUGUGUGUAUUUGUGGGAGAGGGAGAGAGGUUAUGUGAAAUUAAACAGCAGAGCUUGAAAUGAAUUUUUAUAAAUACCUUUUAUAAGCAUCCCGAUAUUGGCCAUGAGACUGAUGAUAAAUUUUUAUCAUCCCAAAUCGAACGUAACUGUCCUGACAAGUCCUACAAAACACCAACCUUUUUUGCUUUGACCAGAUUACAUCACACUACAACAGAACAAGCGUUUAGACUGUUGUCCAUUAUAGAGUACAUGGUAGACUCACUAGCAAGUAGACUGACAUUAAUGCUAAUGUAAUAGCUACCUCGGUGCUGUUGCUUGCGCCAUUGGAGACUGUGACAGGUCUCUCCUUCUCCGUUAACAAAUUUCAGCAUGUUCUGGUUAGAUAGCUGUCAAAUGACAAAGGAUAGGCCAUUUUACAUUGUUCUAGUAUUCUGUAUUAGUCUCCUGUUUUGUGGCAUUCAUCUACGUAGCACAUAGUGAUUUGUCACACAGAUGUUAUGCAGAAGAUUAAUUCUCCACACUUAAACCAUCACAUCGUAACUCCUUGUGCUGUCAUAACCAGCUUUGAGAAUGCUGCCCCUGGUCAGCCUUUCCAGCUGUUGGAUGGCUGCUUCCAGAAGCUUCGUUUCACCAUUCUGUCACCUUGCUCUUUUUGAUAUUCCUCAUGAUGAGGAGACGCUGAUCAUUUCACCCUCCUCAGUGGUGGGUCUGUGUCCUGCUGUCUUGAGUGCAGAUUCCUGCCAAUUCCUUCAGCUCAGGGAGAACUUGCCCUCAUUUUGGAAGCAGCAUUUGAUAAAUAAGCCCUCUUAGGAUCUGUCCGUCCUGAUUAAAACUCUUACUGAAGCCCUUUACACACAUUCAGCAUUUCUAAACAAUGCUCGCUGCAGCCAAGGCCUGAGGAUACCUCACUGAUGUGAACCUCUUUCUGACCAUCGUCUCGUCCUUAAUCCUUCAUCUGUAUCCUCCUCCCCGAUUCUCUCUGUAGUGCAGAAAAGGGCUUUUCUUUUCCCUCCCUCCUUUGGUUUGUCUUGUUUGUUUGUUUGUUUGUUUGUUUGUGUGCAUGGUCUCUGUCGUCAAGAGCAUCAUUUUCGAAAUUCCUGUGCUUCACUUUGAAAGCUGACAAGGUUAUUGAUCUGAUGGCUUUUGUACCAACUUGAAACAAUAAAAUAAAAAACCAAGAAUGUUUGGGUGUUUUUAUUUUUCCUAAUUUGUAAUUAGGGGUAUUAUGUAAAGAAUAAAGCACUUGGAAGUGUGAUGUUAUAGGAAAAUAAUUAAUGACGGGGUGGUGCAUUGCAGCCCAACUUGAAGUGGAUUCACUAUUCAAACCUGGAAGUUUUAUUCGUCUUAUUCCACAGCAAUUUGCCAAUGCCAGCAAUUUUUUUUGAAUUUAUUAAAGAAGAGCAAAUCAUACUUUUUUUUUUUUUUUUAAACCCAUUUAUAGUUACAUUUAAUGUUGUUGAAAAUCCACAAAACAAGUUUGUUCUUGGUAUCUGUUAUAUUAUAGAAGCUAUAAACAGUUGUUCACUGGCUUUCUCUUGGAAUACAGAAACAAUGUUGCAUGUUAGACAUGGCGGAAAGCUUAACGUCACAGCUUUACCUCUGACUGCUACAAAGUGCUGACGUUCCUUUCAGAACUGGUAAGUAAAUGUUUAUUUAGUGUUUGGCUUAUGUGGAGCAUCUACUCUACAGGUAUUGCACAAGUUGUUACUUUAGAACAGAUAACGCAUUAAUAUAAACCUGUGAUUUGUCUUGCAGCCAGUGCUACAGUCGGAAAUCAAUCAACACUUUCUGAUCAAUCAGAUUUGAGAAUUUACCAGUGCUGUGGUAUAAGUAUGUUUAAUGUUCUGUGAUUAAUUUUGAAUUUUUGAUUUAUCUACCACAGGAUAGGUAGAAGGAGCGAUUUAUCCAUGAAGCUCUGUUACAGUGAGCAACCCUGGAGGUGAUCAGUGUCACAAAAUCACUGUUUAUAACCCAUGAUAUUUUCAGUUAUCACUAACCAUAUUACAUCAGCAUAUGACCUAGCCCUUUAUCAAGCCAUGUGCUUGUAAAUACCAUGUAACACUGCACUGGCAAUGCAGUUUAACUCAAUUCAAUUUCUCAGAUUUUUACUAGGUAUGAGCCCCACUCUGUUAUCCCACUCCUAGUAUCUCCUGUGAGGAGGCUGUAAAUGUGGUAGUACUGUCUUAGUAAAAUAUUAGUAUCAGAUCCUUAACAGAUUAUUUGAUCCCAACUCAUUGAAACUCAAAUUUCAAUCUCUGUCAUGACCAGGAGGAUUACAUGGGUUAAAAAAAAAAUGUUUCCACCAUUUUCAUUUCCACUCACAGCCCGUUGUAGGACUGUUGCUUAUGUGUUUGUCCACGUGGUGGCAGUGUCCUGGGACCUAAUGGAGUAAUUUCAGUAAUCAUAUCUUAUUCACACAGCAAACAAGCUCCUCUAAUUAACCUCUGCACAUGGGCAUCUAGAGCUUCAGAGAGAAUUAAGGUUUUAUAGCUAGAACUGAACAGAAUUCACAAAAGUGUGCUGUCUCCGGCUGAGUCCAAAUCCACACCCUGUGCACUACAUAGCACACUGUUUUGGAAGUCUAGCAUUUUGUCUCGAAGAGCAGAAUAUCAAAAAAAAAAAAGCAGCAGAUAGUGGACAGAUGAUGUACCCUUGUGGAUGCAGAAUACCCAUAAUGCACUGCACCUUUUGAAGAUGACCUCUGUGGUUUGGGACAUGCAUAAUGCGCAAAUGGGUGUGAGCGGCCACAUGGUGGCAUCGUUUGAGGCACUUCUCAGGUUGUUCUUGUUGGUGAAGAAGAAAAAAAAAAAAAUCGUGUCCUGCAAAUAUUUAUUUAUUUAUUUAUUUGGAUGUCCUGAAGUCACUCUAAUUUUAUUUUCAUAUUUAAAAUUAUAAAAUUAUACUUUUAGUUAUUUGUAAUUAAGUUAAAUUUAUAUUCUGAUGUUUGUAUUCUGAGCUUGUUUUAAUUCUUUCAGUCAUAGUGACUACUGGGAGAAAUAACUUUUAUAGUUUCACAAAUUGUAGCUGGGUUUUUUUUUCCCUAAAAAAGCAAAUAUACUUCUGAUUUAAUUGAUAUUUUUAAAAGAAAAAAAAAGAUCUUUUAGCUAAAAUGAAAAAAAAAACCUGAGUACAAAGUGAAGAAGUGGUUGCUAAGGGAAACCUAAUUUGAGUUUAAAGAAAUGCUAUGUUUGUGAUUGAAUGUUAAUCCAGUGCUUUUAAGUCAGUGUUCACUCUUUUUCUGGCUUACAUGCAAACCUUUUCUUCACCAUAUAAAGUUUGCCUCCUAAAUGCUUUCCAAGCAAAAACAUGUUCUUUGGUUAUGUGUCCAUUAUAAAGAAAAGAGGAUAUAUUCUUAACACUGUCGAGGUAAUGUAAAUAGCUACACUUGAAGGACAGCUUGCUUAUUAAGGAACAAAUUCUUUUUGACAUGAUGAUUUGCAAAAACUUCACAGGUUGAUUUAUUUGCUGGAAUGAACACCGGCUUUUGUCUUGCCAGCUUGUAUAUGGAUUAAGAGAGCUCAGUGUGUCAGUGUGUGUCUUUGUGUUUCUUGUAUAAUGGUGUGUCUUUCAUGCAGUAAUGCAGCACUGGGCUUUCUGCCAGAUCGCCACAUGUGACGCCUCCAAAGGGUUCUAGUGUGACGAGCAGGUGAAUGAACAGACCUCUGUAUUAGACCUGAGAUCGGAAUGAAUGAAGCCACUCAAAGUAAGUGUGUUAACCCUGGGUGAAGUUUACUCAUUUAUCACUGGACAAGAAAAAGUGCAUACUCUUGGCUGACUUUAAUCAGUGAAAGUGAAGCUGUUUGUCAUGUGAUCUGCAUUUUUGUCCCACAUAGAGGAACAAGGCUUGUUAGUGUCGUACUGGAAAAUACUCUAUAUAUUCACUACUUUUUGAGACACUCAUGAAAUCCAAUGAGGAUGUCCCAACAAUUCCACAUAUCAUAUACAGUAUACCUCAUCUCGUUGUUUAAUAAUUAAAAAAAAUAUUGUAAAAUGUGAGGCAGAAAAAACUGUCAAAAAUGUUUUUUCUGUCAAUAAUUGACAUUUACCAAAAUGACAUGGAAAUUAAUUUGUUUAGGUUAGUUUCUAACUUUACCUUGGCGUCUGCCUGCAAACUUCAUGUUGUGUAAGGGGUCAGUUAAUAAAGGAUAAAGACGUCUAAAACCGUCUCAAAAUCUUCGGAUAGUUAGACAUUGUAGUGAAACCGACAUCAAGGUGAAUCAAUUUAGUUUCUAGUCAGCUGCCAGGUAACAGAAUGUCGUCACAUCAUUAUCAGAAAAGAGAAGAGUGAUAAACUCUGUACAGACAACAGCAGACAAAGUUCGGAAAUGUUUGCGACUUAAUAAAAAAGACAAAGUCUCAUGUUUAAAUGCCUGUGACUUACCUCAGUUGAAUUUUUAGCUCAGGUCAUGAGCUGAUGUAAACAUUUCUUAUCUUAACUAUAAUGUCUUUUUUUUUGUCUGUAGGUAAAUUAGCUUAUAAGUAUAGAGGUAAGCCAGGCAUCUUUCAGUGGAACUGGAAUGAAAUCUUUCAGAAGAGAAACAUAUUUCAUAUAAAUAUUUAACUAUAUAAAGUAGAAAAUGAUCACAUUUAACCAUGUGAAGGGUCAGGCUUCCAUGCAAUUAGCAGAGAUUGUUAGCUCAAAGUGGUGGACUUGCACCAUCAUCUGCACCACAUCCAACUUUCUCGCUUUAAGCUUUGAGAUGGCAUCUAAAAUGAUGCCAAACUGUAAGUGAACUGUAACUGGUAAAUGCAGGAACAUUUUUGCUGCCCAUCUGUUCAUUAUUAAGUUACUUGUUCUUGUAUUACAUGACUGUUGACAGUAGAACGCAGAUGUUGAAGUGCCUCUGCUUUCCACUCCUACAGAGUUCUUUCUCCUUGUGAACUUCUUCUCUUGUAAGUAACUUUAGAGGAAAGGAUCUGAAUAGAUGUGAAUGUAAAAAGGUAGUGAAAAGCCUUUCAGCUUAAACAGGUGCAGUAAUCCCAGCAAGAGUAGGAGAGUCAUAAUACAUGUAACAAGAUCUUCUUUAUUAAAGAGAGAGAUAGUGUGUGUGAGAGAGAGGGGUAAAAACCAGAGAAGAGUCACAUUCUUUGGUUAAUAUAAUAGGAUGAUUAGAGGUUUUUUUUUUUUGCCACAUAUUAAACAUCAAACCUUUUCCUGUGAAACAUGUUCAGCUCUGGUGCUUAUAAUAAUACCUCAUUGUAUGCAUGAGGUAUUUUAUAUUGCUGAUAGUGUGUGUGUGUGUGUGUGUCUGUGUGUGGAUAGAGAGUGAGUGAGAGAAAGGAAAAAGAGAUGCAUAACACCGAGCAGGAUGAGUUAGCACGCAUGCAUGAGCAAUGAGUUGUGCUAAAUCUGGAGUUGUGCCACUUCUCUGAACACACUGGUCCCUGUUUUCCCCCAAAAGUGUUUGUGGUGUUAACACUGUAUCUGUGAGAGACAGCAGCAAGAAAGCUACUGUGCACAACUCUUAAAGCACCAUUCUGCCAUAAACCCAUUAAGCGUUUAAUAUUUUAUGUCACGUUAUGUAACGUUGAGACAGGAGAAUGGACUUGAAACUGUAAUGAAAGACUAAUAAACAUUUCAAAUGCACAAUUCUAUAAAACACAUUCAAUCCUACAGCCAUUACACUUUCAACUAUAGAUGGCAGAAUAGUUAGCUUAUAGUAAUUCAGUAAAAAAAUCAUUCAGGUUAUUUAUACAGUCCUAAAGGUUUUAUAGUGUCCAUGUAUGAUCAGGCACUUUUCAAUCUACAGUCUUGCCGCAUGCCCUUAACACAUCUUUCAUAAACCUACUUUUAUUAAAUUAUACAGAUUUAUUCCACAGUGCUGUUGAAUUCUCUGUUCUGAUGGGUCAGAAGAUGUUGAUUAACUUCCUAUUACAGCAGCUCUGCCAGGUUUAUAUUUAUUUUAAUGUUAUCCUUUCUAUAGUAACAACACACAUAAACAGAU